ACGGUUGUAGUGUCAAAUCCAUUAAUAUUUUUGGUGCGAGCGUAUUUUUUUACUCCUACAGCCUAGUUUCAUGCUAGAAAAUAGGUAUCGUAGGCUAGAAAAUAUAGAAAAAUAGUAAGGAGGCAUGUUCGACUUAGAGUAUGAUUACUUUUUAGAGGAAGACAAAAUUGCACGCAAGUAGAUCAGAAAAUUUUAGUUUGCUCAAUUUAUCUACUGUCUGACAUGGCAUAUCCUCCUUACACGCAUGGCUCCCUCUAUUACAGGCACGUGUAUUACACCUAUAGGGACUUUGAAGACAAAAUGGGUAUGACUGUCACUUCAGGCAGCGUAACCGUGAAAAAAGAUGAAAACAACCUUAUAGGUAUAAGCAUAGGUGGAGGAGCACCACACUGUCCUUGUCUUUACAUAGUCCAAAUAUUUGACAACACCGCGGCUAGUAGAGAUGGAACCCUUCAAUCAGGUGACGAAUUGGUCUCCGUCAAUGGUCAACCCGUUAAAGGAAAAACUAAAGUUGAGGUGGCCAAGAUGAUCCAAGCUGCAAAAGAGGAGGUGGUGAUUAAUUAUAAUAAGUUACAUGCCGAUCCUCAACAAGGAAAAAGUUUAGAUAUUGUUUUGAAGAAAAUGAAACAUCGACUCGUAGAGAAUAUGAGUUUUUCCACUGCUGACGCUUUAGGUUUAUCAAGAGCAAUUUUGUGCAAUGAUACUUUAGUCAAAAAGAUGCAAGAACUUCAAGACACGGAACUUAUGUACAGGGGACUCGUUGAUCAUUGCAAAAGGGUAUUACAUGCUCAUGUGGAACUUCUUCAAACAAUAAAAGCAAUGGGAGAUGUAUUUGCAUCAUUGGCUGUAAGAGAACCACAACCUAGAGCAAGUGAGGCAUUCCGACUUUUUGGGGAACAACAUAGAAAUAUGGAAAAGGCAGGGAUUGAUAUGAUUAAAAAAGCGAAACCGGUUUUAUCAGAUAUGGGCACCUAUCUCCACAAAGCUAUUCCUGACACAAGACUUACAGUGAAGAAGUAUGCAGACGCGAAAUUUGAAUAUUUAGCAUAUUGUUUAAAAGUAAAAGAAAUGGAUGAUGAAGAGUGCGGAUACGCUGCCUUACAGGAACCUAUUUAUAGAGUUGAAACAGGAAACUACGAAUACAGGUUAAUUUUACGAUGUCGACAGUUAGCAAGAACGCGCUUCGCGAAGCUCCGUGCAGACGUCUUAGUAAAAAUGGAGCUUUUAGACAGCAAACACGUCCAGCAACUUGGAGGACAACUCGUCCGUAUAGUAAAAGCCCUUAGCGAAAUGCAUGAGCAGCAUCUAGCCGCCGUAUCAGGACCUGCUCUCUUUCCUGUAGAAGUAGAUCUGUCCAAUAGUGCUUUUCAAUAUAAGAGUACCAUGCCUGUAGUACCUGUUUUUAAUGAAGGUGACGAUUUGGAAAUCGAUUCAUCAGCCGAAGAAAUCAGCGAAGCAAUUUUGAACAGAUCAAUAUCAAAAGAAAAUGAGACUAAUGGUAGUGAAGAUCUCAGUCCUUUGUUGCCAGGCUUAUCAAUGACAGAUGACGUUGAAAAGGAACCAAACUAUGAUGCCAUGGAUAAUCUGACAUUAUUGUCUACUUUAUGUUUGGAAGAGAGUCCUAGAAAAACCACUAAUAUUGCAGAGGGAGAAUUAUUGCCAAUGUUAGAGUAGUUUUAUGUUAAAUUUAAAUUUUAGGAAAUUGGUGUAUAUUUUAUUAUGAAAUAAAAUCUUGAAAAAAAUGGUUUAAUAA